GGCUAAGCGAUGGUCCUCGAAAGUACCAUUAUCUGCGUCGACGACAGUGAGUACAUGCGCAAUGGCGACUUCAUUCCGAAUCGCCUGCAAGCGCAGCAGGACGCCGUCGGCGUCGUCUGCCAAUCCAAGACGCAGUCCAAUCCGGAGAACAACGUCGGCCUGCUCACAAUGGCCGGACCCCAAGUCUUGAAUACCCUCACCACAGACGUGGCGCACCUGCUGUCCAAGCUCCACGAAGUCCGACCCAAUGGGAGCAUCAACUUCAUCACGGGCGUGCGAAUCGCCCACCUCGUGCUCAAGCACCGCCAGGGCAAGCACCACAGGAUGCGCAUCGUGGUCUUUGUCGGCAGUCCCAUCGAGACCGAGGCUAAGGACCUCCUCACUCUCGCCAAGAGUCUCAAGAAGGAGAAGGUAAGCGUGGACGUCGUCAACUUCGGGGAGGCUGACGCGAACACGGCGAAACUGGAGAGUUUCAUCAACACGCUCAACGGCGAAGAGGGCACCGGAUCCCACUUGGUCACGGUUCCUUCGGGGCGCGAUACCCAACUGUCCGACGCGCUCGUCAGUUCCCCGGUGGUCCAGGGCGAAGACGGCGUGGGAGUCGCCCCUUCCGGUUCCGGAGGGUUUGAGUUCGGCAUCGACCCGAACGAGGACCCCGAGCUCCUCAUGGCACUGCGCGUAUCCAUGGAGGAGCAACGCCAACGCCAGGAGGAGCAGGCCAGGCGGGCAGCGGCUGACGGGGCACCCAAUGACGCGAGCCAGAAUGCGAGUCCCAUGGUUAACGAAGUGCCGGCGACAUCCAGCGACGAACGGCUUCUUCUGGAUCGAGCGCUCGCCAUGUCCAUGGAGACGGAUCCUGCUCCAGCCACCGCAAAAUCUCCCUCUUCCGACGCCUUCCCAGACAUUACGGCGAUGACGGAGGAAGAACAGAUCGCGUACGCCUUGCAAAUGUCUAUGCAGCAGGCCAAGUCUUCCGAGGACAUGGUGACAGAGCUGCCGGCCGCGGCUGCUCCUCCAGAGGGCAAGACGGAGGAGCCAAAGAAGGAAGAGCAGAAGGAGGAGGAGGAGGACUUUCCCACUCCCGCACCCGCGGUUGAGUCGAGCGGAGGCGGUACUAUUGAGACAGCUCCAGACCGGAUCGCUACCGAGUCCGGGACUGAUGCUCGCAUGUACCCCGAGACAUACCCGACCGACAAGUGCAAGGUCCUCUGGGCGCUCGAAAGGCAGGGACCCAGCGAGCCGGCAACGGCGAGCGGAGACCGCGCCGAGUAA